UGGAGACUGGACUGAACUGUGAUGGCAUUGGAUUUACGAUUGUCUGUACGAUUUUACACACACAUUACGUACGAUAGAGAUUUUCGUAGUAAAAGAUACGAUAGCCUAUUUCUCAUGAAUAUUAUUUUUGUGUUAGAUUUGUGUCAUUGAAUUUGAGAUGUCUGGCCACAAAUACCGGUACAAGAAUGCGGGGCUGGACUCGCAGGAGCUGCGCAGACGGCGGGAGGAGGAGGGGGUGCAGCUGCGCAAACAGAAGCGCGAACAACAGCUGUCCAAGCGCCGCAACGUCGCCUCGCCGUCGUCCGCUGCUGCUGCAGCUGCCGCUACAGCCGCGCCCAAGGGCAUGUUUACUGGUGGCAAUUUGAACAGUGGAAUAAUAACGCCGGAGAUGGUGAAAGGUCUGUACAGUGACUCGGAAGAGGAGCAGUUGGAAGCGACUCAGUUGUUCCGCAAGCUGCUGUCCCGAGAACCGAAUCCCCCCAUCGACGAAGUCAUACAGACUGGCAUUGUGCCAAGAUUCGUCGAAUUUCUAAAAAACAACACCAAUUGUGCGUUACAGUUUGAAACAGCUUGGGCACUGACAAACAUUGCUUCAGGGACAUCGUCACAAACAAGGAUGGUGAUAGAAGCGGGUGCUGUUCCUGUCUUUGUCCAACUUCUUAGUUCAGAGAAUGUUGAUGUGCAAGAACAAGCAGUAUGGGCAUUAGGCAAUAUAGCUGGUGAUUCUCCACAGUGCAGGAAUCAUGUUCUCGAUUCAGGAAUACUACCACCUCUUCUAGACUUGCUGUCGAAGUCAUCGCGGCUGUCGAUGGUUCGCAACGCGGUGUGGGCAGUGUCGAACAUCUGUCGCGGCAAGAACCCGGCGCCUGACUUCGCCCAGGUGGCCGCCUGUCUGCCGGUGCUCAGCCGUCUGCUGUUCCAUGCAGACGCCGCCGUCCUGGCAGACGCCUGCUGGGCACUCUCCUACCUCUCCGACGGCGCCAACAACAAGAUCCAGGCAGUCAUCGACUCGGGCGUCUGUCGGCGACUUGUCGAACUCCUUAUGCACAACGAAUCGACAGUGGUGUCAGCGGCGCUACGCGCGGUGGGCAACAUAGUGACGGGUGACGACGUGCAGACGCAGGUGGUGCUGAACUGCUCGGUGCUGCCUUGCCUGAUGGAGCUGCUGCUCUGCAACAAGGAGCCCAUUCGCAAGGAGGCCUGCUGGACCAUCUCCAACAUCACCGCCGGCAACAAACAACAGAUUCAGGCUGUGAUAGAUGCGACCAUUUUUCCGACGUUGAUAGAAAUAUUGAGCAGUGCCGAAUUCAAGACAAGAAAAGAAGCAGCCUGGGCGAUAACCAAUGCAACAUCGGGUGGCUCGCCUGAACAAAUCAAAUACCUUGUUACACAGGGAUGUAUACCUCCAUUAUGCGAUCUGUUGUCGGUUGUCGAAGCGAAUGUGAUCCAAGUGGCGUUGAAUGGAUUAGAGAAAAUUUUAAGAGUUGGAGAACACGAAGCAAAAACACACAGCACAGUCAAUCCCUACACCGUUCUCAUUGAAGAAUGCUAUGGUCUAGACAAGAUUGAGUUUCUGCAAUCGCACGAGAAUAUGCAAAUUUACCAGUUAGCUUUUGACAUAAUCGAGCACUACUUCGGCACUGAGGAUGAGGACCUGAGGGUGGCGCCGUCGCAGCAGGACGACCAGUUGGCAUUCACCGACCAGAGUGUGCCCAUGGGCGGAUUCGAGUUUUGAAUGUUGAGUAUUAAAAAUAGCACAAUAGUCGAGUUACCGGAUAAAAUAAGCUGGGCUGCACUCUGCACUGUCCCCUUCAAACUUGGAAUCUACCAUAUGACAACAACAUUGAUUAAUAUUAGAUCAUAUUCAAUCAUUAUUGUAACUGUCCAAUGUAUACAGUACUUGUAUUCAAGAUUAGCUUGUGAGCUACAGUUUGUCGCAUAAUAAAUAAAAAUAAUUUACCUAAAAUAUUCAAACUAAUUUUUGAUAAUCAUCUGACAUCAAAUGUCAGAGGCUCAUAGGAUAUUGAAGUAUUUAUCAUCAUUUUACUCUGUUAACUCAAAACUAUGUUUUUGCAUUAAAAGUUAAUACACUAGUUACUAGUAGAAUGUGAUUGUAAAAAAUAUUAUUAUUAUUAUGAGCGUGUAUUGUUUAGAUUGAGUUGAACUCUUUGUAGUUAAAUUCUCGAGUUUAUAUGUAAAAUAUGACAGUAGCUAACUAGAUAGACAAAUCGCCUUUAUCACGGAAGAAAUAAGGACACACUCCUUUUGAUUUCGUUAAUGGAUUGUAACAAAUCAAUCAAUUUUUCUGUUUAACCUAAUGGAAAAACUUGACGAUAUAAUACGUACUAUGUUAAUUAGGAAUGGCAUUUGCAAUAAAGAAUAAAAUUUUAAUUAAUACGAUCAAAAAAAUUAUGAAAUGGAGAAUAUGAUGUAUUCUACCUAUUUAAUUUACAAUGGUUAUUAACUAACCAUCGUUCUCUAUUAUUAUAGGAUAUUUGAAUUAAAUUCACAUUUUACGUUAAUCAAAAGCUGUAGUUCGUUUAUUGAGAUUGUGGCUCUAAGGGGACAACCAACAUUCAACAUUAUAUUAACUUCAAAUCAUUUACAAAUUAGCUACGGUAAGGCUUGAAUUUUCUUGAAAUUAUUCAUUGUAGACCUUGAUGUACGGUAUGAUUUUAUUUGCAUUUAAAUACACAGAAUACUAAUAAAAACUCAGUUUUAUAGAGUUUCUGUUUAUUUUAAAGUUAUUAUUAUUUAUUAACCCUGUAAAUCAACUUGACGGCUCAGUUCGUAGGUUUUUAGUUUCUCCAUCGAGAGAAUAAUAUUGUUACAUUCAUAAUUUUUAGAUAAAAUAAAACGUUUUUAUACUUUUUCUUUCAAAACGUAAUAUGAAAAUGCUAUUUUAAAUAGAGACAGUAUAUUAUUGAGAAUUACUGUAAAUUAAACUGAAAUGCGAUUUAUUGUACCAUCCACUCCACUUUUUUAAUAGCAUGUUAUGAAUACUUUGUCCGAGUAUCAAAGCAAUGCUUUUCUUAGUAGUGUGAAUAAUUAUUGUUUAUGUAUUUUAUUGAGUUCAGGAAAUGAAUGUAAUGUAAGUUAUUACUGAAAACUACUUUAAUAUCUAUAAAACCACUAUUUAUUAGUUACCACGUUCUCAUAUAAAUUCCAUAGAAUGCUACUGACUGCAAUUCGCUGAGUCAAGUACCGUAUUAAAGAUUGUAAAAUUUUGUAAUAAUAUGUCUGUCUCUUGAACAGUAAAUUCUCGAAACGAAUAAUAUAGAUUAUGUUUGUAUAAACCUUUUUUUAUUUUGUUGAAAUGUCCUAAACCCGCUGUAAUUAAAAAGGAAUUUCUUACGAAAAAA